UUGCGUUGGGACAAUGAAGAAUCUCAUCUCAUGAAUAAACAAGGUAGGAGGGCAUUUUCCUUUACCCCACCAUCCUCUCUUUCCCUUUCUAAGUCUAGCAGAUCAACUUCUUUCUCCCUUUUGGAAUGUCCUUUAGGAAGGUUAUAAAUUGAGCUUGUGUGGAGGAUGGCAGUCUCUAGGGAACAGAAGAGAUGAGAGGUGGAGGAGGAGGAGGAGAAGAUGGAGCAGAGGAGAGGGUGGUGGACAUUGGCCUCAGGGAGUUGUCCAAGAGACUUGAAGAUUUUGCAAGAGCCAGAGACUGGGAAAAGUACCAUAGCCCUAGAAAUCUCCUCCUUGCCAUGAUAGGGGAGGUGGGAGAGCUGUCGGAGAUAUUCCAGUGGCGAGGGGAGGUGGACAAGGGGCUGCCCAACUGGGGGGAGGCGGAGAAGGAGCAUCUCGGGGAGGAGCUCUCCGACGUGCUGCUCUACCUCGUGAGGUUGGCCGACAUUUGCGGCGUCGACCUCGGCGACGCUGCCGCCAAGAAGAUCGUCAAGAACGCCAUCAAGUACCCUCCCAACCCGGCCGCCUUCUGAAAAACCAUGUCAUCUGUCAAGGCCAAAGGCUAAUUGAUGUACUUUGUUGAGCACCGCAGCUUUUUUGUCGUUGAAACACACUCGAAUGGAAAGAUUGUGAAGGUUUCCA